UUGAGACGUCUGAGCUCAGGUUCAGCUCACCUAUUUGGGGGGCAAACAUGUUUGAAUGUGUAUCAUGUGUCGAUUGUGAGCAGGCACCUUGGAGGAUGCACUAGCUGCAGUGGAUCAAUCAGGACAAAAACUGCCUCCAAACUACAAAGAAGCUUGUUGAGCUUAUAUUUUUUCCGCCUUCAUUCAUUUUUUCAUUCAUUCAUCUUGUCAGAUUCAAAAAUGCAACAGCCAGAAGCCCGCCAGACCUCUCAGCCGGCAGACACAGAGAUCUUGGACCCAGAAGUUGCGUAUUUACGGAGGAAGAAAACUGCUCUGUGGGUGACUGUGGCUCUCCUGAUUCUGUCUCUGGUGGUGUUGGCCGUGGGUCUGAUCUCCGCCACGCGCACGGACAACGUUCCCGUGGCUGGAUAUUACCCGGGGAUCACUUUGAGUUUUGGGGCUUUCCUGGGCAUCGUCGGCAUCCAUCUGGUAGAAAAUCGAAGGCCAAUGCUGAUGGCUGCCAUCAUCUUCAUCAGCAUUGGCGUUAUUGCAUCCUUCUUCUGUGCUAUCGUGGAUGGCAUUAUCGCAUCAGAAUUUAUUGACAUAAGACCUUUGCACGAGAACAUGUGUGAUUUUUACACAAGUGGCUCCGGCUAUGCCUUUGACAGCUACUAUUCGGAGAUGACGUGCGGUUCAUCUGGCAAAACCUGCAAGCUGAAGCUGAGAAGCAACACCUGCUACUGCUGCUACCUCUAUAACUGCGAGAACACAGAGUACCACCCCCAGUACUUUGAGUUCACUGGGGUCAGCAGCUGUUGGGAUGUGAUCCACCUGUAUCGUCUGCUGUGGUCCUCGGUGGUCCUCAACGUGACUGGCCUCUUCCUGGGGAUCAUCGCUGCCGCCAUUCUUGGAGCCUACAAGGACAUGCAGAAGCCUGCUCCAGCAAGAGCCCCAAGCCCAGCGCCAGCGCCCCACAUCCUGUACAACCCCACCCAGCACAUGCUCACCUACGCUGGCUUCUGUCCUCCAGGGCAGAAUCUCCCGGCCUACCCCAACUAUCCCGUCCCAGUUCAGGCUACUAGUUUUCAGGGACCUGCUAGCCCACAAAUGAUCCCCGAGGGUGGUCCUGUAGGAACUUCCUGUCCCUCCGAGGAAACCCAGAGUCAGCCACCCUCGCAAGGUGCCACCCAGAUGCUACAGCAGGGCGGCCCCCAGGAACCAGGAGGAGGCUUCAUGCUGACACCCAACGCGCCGGUCCUCUUUGGAUCUUCUCAGAGCCCCUUUGAGAAACCUCCACCUUACGCCUACUGAAGCUUCAGCCAAAAGAAAACAAAGCUUUUGUGUCUCCGGUUUGUUUGCCUGAACUUAGAAGACAUUUGAUAGAAGGCCAUUGUAGAUGGAGAGGACAGUGAUGAGGAAGAUGUCUGAGUAGUGAACGUAAUGCAUGUGCGUUGAAUAGGCCUCCAGCAUUGAUUUGUUGACGGACUGACUUCUACUCCCUAACCUUUAACCCCCCAAACAAACCCUUAACUGGGUGAUGAGGCCUCUUGUUGGCCUGUUGGAUAAAACUAUUGAUACUGUGUUGUCAAUUUAGGCUGGUUCUUAGAUCAUUGCAAUGCAGGCAACCUAUAUACAGUACAAUAUUGUUUAGUUAGGGUUGUUGCAUGUUAUUUUGUAUUAGCCGGUUCCUAUUUUAAUCUAAAUUGAAAAUAUCUUAUAUUUACUGUCAAUAAAUUUUAACGUGUCAAA